GCAUUAGAAGAUUAUAUUUAUCCAAUAAUGUUGAAAUGUGCUAAUAUGCCAGAUAUGCUCACAAGGAUUGAAAUUCUUGUUUUAAAGGAUUUGGUAGCAUUGAUGAGACCUGUUGCAAGUGUAAUUACAGAGAUAAGCGGGGAAAACUAUCCCACUUGUAGCGUCAUAAUUCCAAUUAUCCACUGCAUGACAGCAGCUGUUACUAAUUGCGUGACUACAACAGAAAUUGGCAACGAGUUUCAGGAGAAAUUGCUCAAUCAGUUCAACAAAAAAUUUCAAUAUCUGGAAUCGACUCGAAUUCUUGCAAUCUCAACAAUUUUAGAUCCUCGCUUCAAAAGGCUACAUUUCAAAAGUGCUUUAGCAGCUUCCCAAGCAAUUCAAGACAUUGACAAUCGGUUAAAAAAGAUCUCCAACCGUCCACGUGAAAAUGUGGAAAAAGAAAACAAUCAAGAUGCUAAUAACGCAAAUAGUCCAACUUCAAAUUUGUGGCAUUUUCAUGAUAAUCUUGUAUUAGAAAAUAGAGGGAUAAAUGAUACAGAUGAAAGUUUGAGUUUAGAAUUAAAACAAUAUUUGCAUCAACCA